CGAUUUUGCAUCGCCUGGCUGAAAACUGAAAACCGCGCGGAGCCUUUUUCCCUGACGGCCGCAGCGACCGGUUUCUAGGGACAGGCUCUGUAGGCGUCUCUCCUCCGUCCUAAACUCGUAUAUCGCCGCGCACUGAUCUCACUCAAAAUUGCUCCGUUCCCCAAGUGCCCGAGAGUGAAAAGGGGAACCCUAGCCAUUGCUCCCGCCGUCAUGGAGCCGGCGGCGGCGCCGCCGGAGUUCGUCGAGGUGCGGUGCGCGGGGUGCGGCGAGACUCUGGAGGUGGAGCCGGCGCUCACCGAGUUCGCCUGCCCCGACUGCGGGACCCAGCAGGCGCUCCCGCCGGAGCUCAUGCCGCAGCCCCCGCCGCGCCCGCGCCGGGCGCUGCCCAUCCCCGGCCGCGGGCCCGCCGCCGCCGCACCUGUGCCUGUGCCCGUGCUGGCACCGGCUCCCGCGCGUAUGGCGUGCGGCGCCUGCGCCGCGCUGCUGAGCGUGCCGGCGGGCCUGGCGCGCUUCGCGUGCCCUCUUUGCGGCGUCGAGCUAACUGUCGACGGCGGGCGUCUCCGGGUAUACUUCGCCUCCCCGCCCCGCGUCAGUGUCUCCGUCCUGGCGGCGCCCCCAGCCGGCAUCACUUUGAGGCCAUCCCCACACCGGCGUCCCGAGGGUCAAGUAGAAAGGCAUAAUCACCCGACUUGUUCAAUUCACAGAGAGGAGAGAUUCAGCUCUUCCAAAACAGGAGCAAUCCACACCAUGUUAGCACAAAAAGAGCCUAGUAUCCAUUCAGCUCGUAGGGAGGAGUCACGUAUCAAGCCACUCAAUAAGACCAUUGCCAAGUCUAGUGCAAGGAAAACUAAAUUUCCAGCUUGUUCUGAAUCUACAGGUGUGGAAAAAGUACGACAAGAACCUCCCAUACAUGCAAGCUCUGCCUCUUCGUCACAAGUUUGUCCUUCGAAUUUUUCAGUUCGUGCACAUGGACAGCAACCUGUAGAGGACAUUGCAAGUCAUGGACAGGAGAUAAAUGAAUAUCGAGCUGGAUCAAGUACCAUCCAGCAUGAAAUGAUAGAGACCCCAAAUCAAGUCAAUUGUGUUGAACAGGCACAAGGUGAGUAUCACAGCAAUGCAACUGGAUGGAAUCUGAAGAGGAAAAGAAGCGGCAAUAGUGCAAAUGUUCAGAAGGGGAAGGGCUUGAGUAGUUAUCCAAAUGGAGGGUUCCAUCUUAGGCGUAGCUCACGUUUGUCAAAGCAGCCAGAAAAUCCUAUCAACAAUGAGCCUGUCCAGCAGCCAGCUGCUUUAAAUCAAUGUAAUUCAGAUACUCUGAACAUUGAUAAGAUCAUUUCCAAUCUGUGUGCCAGUCCAUUGCCUCAGCACCAAAUGCCUCAAUCAAGCUCAAGCCAGUCAGGCCAAGUUGAUGCAGCCACUGGACCACCACAAUCAAAUCAUGGUGCAUCUCGAGAUGGGAAAUUCCCACUCUGCUACAGUCAAUUGUACCCUCCGGAGGUCCCGGGUGAACACUCGCUUGAUAGAAUUGGUGACGAGCAGCCACAUUCACCAGAGGCCCAAUUUCAUGUUAUGCAUGUGCAACAGGAGGAUGCACAGAGGGGCCACUCCCUGUUAGGAUCUGCUGUGAAAUCGUCAGGGAAGCGUAGAGGACGUGGACCUCAACCUACAAGACUAAUCCAACCACGAAGGGAAGUUGACAGGCCUGUCUUGACACCCAAUAUUAUUGACAAAUGGGAUGUCAACCCACCUUGCCCUAAGGUGGCCUCUACCAUCACUAUUCUUUUGAAGCAGAAGUACCCUGGGUCUACCUAUCUGCCAGCUGGUCAGCGAAGAGAAGUUCCACCCAAUGGAGAAGUGGUUCUCCACUGGCAACAGUAUCCUCCAGAAACAAGGGAUGCUAUUUUGAAUGAAUUUCUUCAACGCUACAAGUGGGCCCCUGGCCGAGAAGCAGAGUGUCUGAAGCUAUUUGAGCGCAGAGCAGCAAGACAAUUUGCCGGUAUCCUAAGUGAAGAGAAGCGAAAGGUUAGAGUAAAGUUUGCUGCAGUAGACAAAUCCACUGAAGCUACAGGCACACACAGGUCCAACGGACAUGCAGAGUCAGAAGAUGAAGAUCAAGAAGAAGAGCCAGAGGACCAGCAAGCAUUGGAGAGACAUGACGACGAGGACCCAUUACUGUGGAAACCUUCCCCCCCUGCAUGGAUGUACCCAAGUUGGUGGGAGAGGCUAUGCGAACACUGGGCCAAAGAAGAAGUCUUAAAGAUGUCUUCCCAGAACAGGAAGAACCGGUACAUUGGGGGUCGUGCUCAUCACACAUCGGGUUCACGGAGCAUUGCGAUGCAUAGGCAGAUUAUGGUUAUAGAAAAUGGUGGGAUGCCAGUGUCAGAACUAGAGGUGUUCAACAAGACCCAUAGGCGUAAUGCUGGCACAGGGGAAUUUGUCAGUGAGAGAGCAAAGCGAACUGUGGAGGGCUUCAAGAAACGUAUGGAGGAGGCUGGUGAUAAGAUACACCCCCACCUUGCAUGGGUGCAGGAAGUAGGGGGUCGGAACCGUGGAAGGUACUAUGGGCUCACUGGUAUCAUUGACAAGAACAAGGUUGAUGAGUUAGCAAAGUCCACACCAAAUUGUUUUGCUAUAAAAGGGCACCGGCAGAAGUUCACGCAGGAGCAGGUGCAGCAGAUGAUUAAUCAGGCCCUGCAGGGGUUAAAUGAAACCUGGGAGAAGAAGUUUAAGUCCUUGGAGCAAAGUGUGUGUGGAGCAUGCCCCUGGAUCUUCUGCAGCUAGAGAGGGAGGCCAGGAGGAUCAGUCAGGACGUCAUCAGGAUGCGUCAGAUGCGCAGUCCGAGGAAAGCCGCGAGGACGACGAUGAGGAAGUGGUGUCUACAAGCGUCUGAGUCGCAUCACUGUGAUUUUGUAGUUUGUGACAGAUGCUUCUGUGCCCAUUGUACUCCAGAGAAAUGCUUAAAUGCACGGUUUUUCUCCCUGGUGUUGUGUUGGCCUGUUCGGCUCGGCGACUUCUUCGACGCUUUGCCGUUUUUUUUUCCUUCACUCACUUGUUGGUAAUUGGGAUCCCGGGGUAUAUAUGAUACACGCAUCUGUUAGGCGAAUUGUUAAAAGUUUGGUGUAGCUCAAAUUUGACACUGCUCCAGUUGGUGAGUUACGGAUUGUGAAAAGUUUAGACA